AUUAAUGAUAUUGCUAAUAAUUAGCAUUGUAUAAAAACAAAUAGAUUUUUUUAAACAGAUUAAGCACUCUGUCUCCAAAAUAAUGAGAUUCAAAGUGGGCUCUGUGGGUCAACUGAAUUGGAAAUAACAGAUGCUUAUUAAAAAUGCAAAUAACUCUUCCCAGCCUCAGAGCUUGUGCAUCAUAAUCUCAGGAAAUGGAAUACAGAAGCCUGUAUUUCAAUAAACUGCCAAUAUAAUUAUACUUGUCUUCAAUGCCCUGCCUCAUGAGCAAGAAGAGGAAUUCAAAAAGCUAAACUCAUAGCUGUGACCACCACUCCAGCUAGUCCUGACAUACUUGCUGCACCUCCUACUCCAGUGAUCACGUUCUUCAUGUGAUAAUACUGAACAGAAUCCUUUAACUAACACACAGUUUUCUGUUUAGAAUCACUCCAGGUAUAAAAAAGUAAAUGGAAAGGACCAACUGGACAGACAUUGAGUUCAUUCUGCAGGGACUUUCUGAGUACCCUAGUGCUGAAAAGCUCCUUUUUGUGAUGUGUUCGGUGACGUAUCUUGUCAUCCUCCUGGGGAACAGCACCUUGAUCACCCUAACUCUCCUGGAUUCCCGCCUCCACACACCCAUGUACUUCUUCCUUGGUAAUCUUUCCUUCCUAGACAUUUGCUACACAUCCUCUUAUAUCCCCACGUUGCUGAUACACUUGCUAUCUGAGAAAAAAACCAUCUCCUUCACUAGAUGUGUUGUUCAGAUGUCUGUCUCCUUCACAAUGGCAUCCACAGAGUGUGUGCUCCUAGCAGUGAUGGCAUAUGACCGUUAUGUGGCCAUCUGCAACCCUCUGAGAUACCCCAUCAUCAUGAGCAGGGCCCUUUGCAUUCAAAUGGCAUCUCUCUCAUGGGGAUUGGGCUUUCUCAACUCAUUGACACAAACUAUUCUUGCAGUACGGUUGCCUUUCUGUGGAAAAAACGUCAUUAAUCAUUUUGUUUGUGAGAUAUUGGCCUUUAUCAAGCUGGCAUGUGCAGAUAUUUCCUUGAAUGAGAUUACUCUAAUGUUGGGAAAUGUAAUAUUUUUGUUUUCUCCAUUACUGUUGAUUUGUAUCUCCUACAUUUUCAUCCUUUCUACCGUGCUACGAAUCAAUUCAGCAGAAGGAAGAAAAAAGGCCUUUUCAACCUGCUCAGCCCACCUAACAGUGGUGACUGUGUUUUAUGGGACAAUCCUCUUCAUGUAUAUGAAGCCAAAGUCCAAAGACUCCACUUUCGACAAAUUGAUUGCCCUGUUCUAUGGAGUAGUCACGCCCAUGCUCAAUCCUAUCAUCUAUAGCCUGAGGAAUACGGAGGUGCACGGAGCUAUGAGAAAAUUGAUGACUAGAUACUGGUUCUGGAGGAAAGGAUGAGAAACUUACAUCUGUGAGUUCAUGCACAGAAUAAGCUCAUAUAUCAGAGGCAAAGAUUUUCAAUAUAAAGAGAACCAAAGAAAUAAAAGCUAUAUGUAGAAUCGCA